AUGCAGAAAACGUUUGUAAUCAGAGAGAGCCCCUCAUCAGAUAAAGUAACAACUAAAGGAGAUGCCAGUAGUGAGGCAGAAAAAUCAACAAGUGCUAGACAGCAACCGGAAUCAUGCCCUCACAGUGAUAAGAUUAUUGAAGGUUCAUCUAAGCGUCCUUGGGUGACCACUCAGGAUAGCGAAAGCUUUCCGGAUGACAUGAACCAUGAGGAACAAGCGGAGGAUCAAGGGUCUCCCACUCCCUUUACAGAAAUUCAGAAACCAAAAAAAGCCAGGAGAGCAGAAACUAGUCGAUCCGCCAAGAAGAAAGCAGUGCAGAAGGAGGACUCCACUGAAAGGAAAAAGAAUAAGAAAGGUAGCCGUAGCAACAAAGGAUUGAGAUCUGAUAAUGGCAAGGGCGAUCUCGUAGAAUUCAGUGAUAGUUCACAUCUUCAAGGCAGCAGUUUCACAUAUACUCCCAUAACUGGUGAAGAUCAACUACAUGUUUUGCAAGCAGCUGAGUCACAGUCUACCAUCAGUGAAGAGGAUGAAAUCUUUGCAGGUGUUAAUGAAAGAAAGUCCAGGUUGAAUUGUAACAGUGAAACAGUGAAACAACAGUGUAGAAAGACGUUCGAUCUGUGGUCACCUCAAAAUCUAACGGAGACAUUUUUUUUGCCCAGUCAUAUUUCUUUAGACAGCGUUUCACCAACAAAGACAACAAAUAUUUCAACCUCCUCUAGUCGCACUGUAGAAGCCACUGAGGAAGUUCAUGUGAAUCUGGGAGACCUUCUGACUGAUGAGAUGCCACCAUGGACGGCCUUAGAUGUCAGUGCUGCCGACAUGGGGAUGGGAUCAGUGCUCUGUACUCCCAGGAGAGAGACAACAAGCAAGAUGGAAGAGACUGAGAAGUCUAACAUUAACACAACGAAAGCCUCUCCAGGAAGAGUUUUAACCUCACUGACCAACACCAUCACAACCCCAGAUAGUAUAAAUGGAGGAAGAACAAGAAGACGAAAAGACGUUGUCAGUUACAAGGAGCCCUCUCUAAACUGCAAAAUGAGGCGUGGAGACAAAUUCACAGACGGUAUGUUUCUGAACUCUCCAGUGUUUAAGGACAAGAAGAGGCAGCAGAAGAAGACGACAGCAACGCAGAAUUUGGAUUAA